UUGCCAUAGCUCCGGUUGGUUUGACAAGAUGGCGGCGGCGAGGCGGCGCGGGCCGGGCCUUCUGGCCCUGUGCUUCCCAGCUUCCAAGGCGGGCGCGCUUCUGUGAAGCCAGUCCCGCCAGGCCCCAGGCAUGGGCUUGCCGCCUCCGGCCCGUCCGCUCUUGGGGCUCCUCCUCCUGCUGGGCAUCCUGAGGCCGCUGUGGGGGGACCUGGUUUUCCUUCCUGCUUUCAUCCGCAUGACCGGUCCCGCGGUCACUGCGUCCCUGGUGGGAAGCACCGAAGGUGUGACCGUGUCCCUGACCCUGCUGCAGGACCAGGAAGGAUUAUUGCCGGUUCCGGCUUGUGGAGUGCUGACCAAUGAGACGGGAGACUGGAGCUUGACUGUGACCCCCGCUGUGAAUGCACUGGAGGUGACAGUGAGGUUGAAGAGGGGUCGGCAAAGGUGUUCCUCUAAUGAGACGGAGUCCUCCUCAGAGUCACCGUGUAUGGUCCAGGCUCUUCUGGUAUCAGCAUCUCGCAAUUCAUCCUGUUUAGCUCAUCUACUCAUCCGAGUGGAAAUUUAUGCCAACUCUUCUUUGGCCCAUAAUGCAUCAGAGAAUGUGACUGUUAUUCCCAAUCAGGUGUAUCAGCCCCUGGGUCCUUGUCCCUGUAAUCUGACAGCCGGGGCCUGCGAUGUUCGCUGCUGCUGUGACCAGGAAUGCUCGUCCGAUCUAACGGAGCUGUUCAGAGAGGCCUGUUUCACCGGCGUUUUCGGAGGCGACGUCAGUCCCGACUCUGACCACCUGUGCUCUGUGCAGGAGAGCCGCGGGGCGCCCGGCUGGUUCCCGUUCCUGUGUGUGCAGUCCUCGCCGGCCAACUCGCCCUUCCUGGGCUACUUCUACCAUGGCUCCGUCUCCUCUCAGCGGCGCGCUUCCUUUCGAGUGCAUCUGCGUGCUGAUCUAAGAGACCGCUCAGACUUCGGUUACAAGCAAGGAGAUCCGAUCAUGACUGUAGACAAGACCUAUUUCACCAUUCCGCAGGUGUCCCUGGCUGGGCAGUGCGUGCAGAAUGCGCCCGUGGCAUUCCUUCACAAUUUUGAUGUUCGGUGCGCUACUAAUUUGGAAGCCUACCAAGAGCAAGAUGGUGGCGUCAUCCACGCAAAGAUCAAGAAUGGUGCGGUAGGAGGCAUCGUUACGCCGAGAGUAACCUACGAGGAAGCCGCCGACCCAGACGCAUUCAUCACCAGGACAGGAACACUUUUAAGCAAUGAAUCAGCCUCCAGAAAUGUGAAUGUGGAAGAACAUUAUAUUUUCAGAUGGAAUAAUAAUACAAUCAGUGAAAUAAAUGUCAAAAUUAUCCGGGCAGAAAUUAAUGCCCACCAGAAAGGAAUCAUGACACAGAGAUUUACAGUAAAAUUUUUAAGCUAUAAUAGUGGUGAAGAAAAGGAAUUUUCUGGAAAUCCAGGUUACCAACUUGGCAAGCCAGUUCGAGCUCUGGAUAUCAACAGGAUGAAUAAUGAGACGACCUUACACCUUUGGCAAUCGGCUGGAAGGGGUUUGUGUACAUCAGCAACUUUCAAACCAGUUUUGUUUGGAGAAGAUACACUGUCUGGAUGUCUUCUAGAAGUCGGGAUCCAUGAAAACUGUACUCGGCUCAGGGAGAAUGCUGCCGAACUACUUGACUCGUUAAUACAAGCAACUCAUGUUGCAAUGAGAGGCAACUCCAAUUACAGCGAUCCUAGUGACGGCUGGCUGGAAAUAAUCCGCGCAGAUGCCGCCGACCCAGGUGCAGCCCCGCCUGUCAGCGUGCACGGCCUCUGCGCGGAUGUUCCGGCCCGGCUGCACAUGCGCAUCCUUUUCUCAGAUGCUGGCGCGGUGGAAGGGAUGACUCAGCACGAGAUCGUUGGCGUAGAGACAAGGUUCUCUACAGUGAACUGGCAGUUCCAGUGUGGGCUUACGUGUGAGGAUAAGGCCGACCUUUUCCCUGUCAGUGCCUCUGUCCAGUUCAUUAAGAUACCUGCCCAGUUACCCCGGCCACUGACAAGAUUCCAGAUCAAUUUUACAGAAUAUGACUGUAACAGAAAUGAGGUGUGUUGGCCGCAACUUCUAUAUCCACUGACUCGUUAUUAUCAAGGGGAACCUUAUUCUCAGUGCGUAGCCAAGGGCUUACUCUUGGCAUCCUUCUUCAUAUUAGCUGCGCUCCUCAGUAACCCCUGGACCAGAACAUGCAAAGCUUGAAAUGCAGCUACCACCUGACUUCUUACAGUUCACAGACUUUUGCUUCAGUGACUUGUCGUACUCCUCUGUGCCUUUGUAAAGUUGUAAUAAAUGCAGUGCUUUAUUUUUUAGAUUUUUUAAAA